ACUUCGUAAAAUAAUCAAGAAACAUUAUGUCGUCGAAAAUUUGGGUCUGGAAGAAAGUUCCUGGUGCUGUCGGUCGAUGUAACGAUGUAAUUUAUUCACGUCCGAAAUUGCCACCAAGUCAGGAUCUUCUUUUAUAUUUUGGAGGCGAUGUUCAAGACAUUCAGGAGAAUAUGGCACAACAUUCAGAUAGUAAAAAAUAUAUAGAAUGGAACUUACAAAAUACUGCUCAUAUACUUUCAACAAACUUUCCCAAAAAACAUAUUCUUAUCAUUCGUCCAUCAAGAAUGUAUGUAACAAUGAAUGUUAUGUUCAGCUGUUUUGAUAACUUUGUACCAGGGAAUGAAUAUGGUAUUCCAUUGUAUCGCCCGUCACAUAACGGUUUAAAACAUUUACAAGAAUUAGUAAAGUCAUGUUUAGAUCAUAUUAAAACGUGCAGUGUGAAUGAGGAUCCCUCUCUUUUCAAUAUUGGAAGUAUAAAAUUAAUGUUAAUGGGUUUUAGUAAAGGCUGUGUUGUUUUAAAUCAAUUUCUCCAUGAAUUUCACUAUUACCAAAGUAAAUCAAAACCUGUUGUUGAGAUCAAUAAUUUUAUUAAACUUAUUGAAAGCAUGUGGUGGUUAGAUGGUGGACAUGCAGGAUCUAAGGAUACAUGGAUCACAGACAAAUCCAUUCUGGAAUCAUUUGCAAAAUUAAGAAUAGAUGUUCAUGUACAUGUCACACCAUAUCAAGUUCAUGAUUCUAGUCGUCCAUGGAAUGGCGAAGAGGAAAACCGAUUUUGUACGACUUUAAAGACUAUAGGAGUUCCCAUAAAACGCGAAUUACAUUUUGCAGAUAAACCAAAAAGUUUGCUCCUUCAUUUUAAUGUUCUCAAAGCUGUUAGAAAUUUCACACAGUAACAUUGUGAUAUGUGCUUUUUUAUGUUGUUUCAAUAAAAAAUAUUUGCACAAUAAGUUAAUGAUAUUAACACAUCUAUUGAAUUUUAUUGAA